UUCCCCCGUUUAAAAAUCACUUGCCCACCGCGAUCCCUUCCAUCGCCUCCCCAUCCAUCCGAAUUCCAGUCAAACCAACAAACCAAUCGAAGACAUCACGCGAGGAGAGAAAAAACUAGCCGUUGCGCUACUCCUCCGCCAUGGACGCGACGGCGCCGCUGCUCAGCCCCGCCUCCGACGACCGCUUCUGGGACCGCCUCCGCACCCGCGUCGACACCAUCCUCGAGGACCGCCGCCUCGUCGCUCCCCCCGCCGCCACGUGCGGGGUGGAAUCCGAGCGGGGGAAGCGGCUCAGGGAGGACUCGCUGAUGCUGGUGCGUGGCCUCGACUCCGUCGCCGCCUCGCUGGCGCAGCUCUCCGACACCCUCACCGCCGCGCAGAAGGGAGUGAAUGCGCUCGCCACGUGCUCUUCCCAGGCGAGGGAAUGCGAGAGAGGUGAUGAGGAGGAGGAGCCGAAAGCCAAGCGGCGCUGCAGCUUGGCUGAGACGGUGAGCUUCGACGGCGAGACUCCGGUCGCCGGAGCAGAUUCAGGUGAAGGUUCAGAGAAAGAAGAAUUAGCUGCGGAUGCGAAACUGCGUCAGGAGAACGGCGGCAUUCAGGCCACUUCGGAGGUCGCCAAGAGCACCAAUCUGAAGCGUGCCAGAAAUCUGGCGGUCUCGAUGGCCGGAAGAGCGGCUGCUCUGGCGAGGGAGCUGAAGAACAUCAAAUCGGAGCUGCACUUCAUGCAGGAGAGAUGCGGUUUGCUUGAGGAGGAGAACAAGAGGCUCAGAGAGGGGUAUGACAAUGGAGUUCCCCCUGAAGAAGAUGACCUGGUGAGGCUGCAAUUGGAGGCUCUGCUCGCGGAAAAAUCUCGACUGGCGCAGGAGAACGCCAACCUGUCCAGGGAAAACCAGAGCCUGAUUCAGCUGGUGGAGUAUCAUCAGCUGACCUCCCAGGACCUCGCUGAAUCUUACGAGGACGUAAUGGAGGGGAUGCGGCUGGACUUCUCGUCGCCGCUAGGCAAGAUCGACAGCGAUGAAGAAGGCGAGCGUGAGAACCGAAGAGUUGCUGUCACUCCAUCUGAUAAGUUGGAAGCCUUGGAGUCAUCUGAUGAGUAGAUAAAUCUGAGGAGAAUAAGCUGGGUCUUCUCCAGUGGUGGAUUUACUGAUGAGUAACAGUAUGAUCUUCUAUUUCUGCUGUUGUAUGAUGCUUCAAUUUGGCCACUCUCGGUGGCCAUAUUUAUGUGAUCAAUUCCACUUCGUAAUGUUGACAAUAACAAAUGUGUGUUCUGAAUCUUAAUUCUAAAUAAAAUUUUAGUCUUUGGAAAGCAGAUCCCUCUAACUUAACUGCACAUGCAGUUGAUUCAUUGGCAUGUGGAUCCCGCUUUGCUAUGUCUCACAUGUCAGUGGCUCAAUUUAAAUGUAGUUAAGCCAGAGGAUCCCUUUCUUAUGAAAA